UCUUUACUCUCCGCUUUCUGUAGAGAAAAGGAAAAGGAGGAGGAAAGAGGAGAGAUUGCUUCAGCCUCCAGCUCAACUCUGCAAAAAGUAAAUUCUCUGCACCAGAGCCUUUUUCCGUCAACUUUGAGCUGAACAAAAAAAAAUGACAUGAGCCUGGAAGAUUUGAGCCUAGAAACUGUACAGUCAAAAGAAAUAUUGUGAAGUCACAGUAGAUACUGCAACCAACCGAAAGAUCUUUUUUACCCCAAAAGAGAGAGAAAAAAGAAGGGGGUGGGUCUGUUUCAAGGGUUGGAUAUGAUGAUGAUCAUUUGGGGACAGAGAAGAAGACGAAAGAAUUCAAUGGUAAAGUCGCUUUUAAUCGGUGUGAUUUAAUGGGGAAGCAGAGAGAUGAUUGAGAGAGAGAGAGAUGACUUGUUUCUGCUUAGGAGCUGAGGAGGCGAAGACUACAGUUGCUUUGGGUUUGAAGUUGAGGAGCUGAGCAAGGUAAGGAAAAGAUUGUUUUCAGGAUGAUGAAAUGGUAAAAAAAUGAUUCGUUUUUUCUGGGUUAUGAAGAAUAAAUACAGAAAGGGAACAGUUGCAGAGAAUAGAUACAGAGUUUGAAAAAAGAAGCAUAAAAAAAUGGAAGGCUUCACGAGCUUGUCAGAGCCUGUGGACUCUGAGGUAUCUUUCUUUUUAAGGACACGUCGCUCCAGAAAGUAAGAAUCAGAGAGAGAGAGAGUGGUGCUUUACUGCUUUUUCUUUUCAAAAUCCUUGCUGAGUUUCUCAUUGGAGGGAAUGAAAAUUCGAGCACUUCCCUUUCCUUGAGUCUUCCUCAUUCUUUCUCUCUUUUGGGAAUCUGAUUAUAGGAAGCAUGGAGAGAGUCUAGGUUGGGAGUUGGGACCCAGCUGUAACCUAAAAGAACAGUGCCUCUGUUUCUAAAAAAUUCACUCUUUUGGGCUUUUGCUCUUUGUAACGUUCCUUUUUCUUCGCUGCUCAGUGGUAUAGUAUACUGCUCUUCCACUGAGAGAGAAUGGGAAGGGCAACAAGGUGGUUCAAGGGCUUGUUUGGGUUGAAGAGAGACAAGGAACACAAGGACAAUUCAAAUCCCGGCGACCGGAAGGACAAGAGUAGGUGGAGUUCUGGCCAUUCCGGGAGGGACUCCGUUGGGUUGUGUCACAAUCCAACCACUAUUCCGCCGAACAUAUCGGCGGCGGAGGCAGCUUGGCUAAGAUCUUACUACACCGACACUGAGAACGAGCAGAACAAGCAUGCAAUUGCAGUGGCUGCUGCCACGGCGGCGGCCGCCGACGCUGCCGUGGCUGCCGCUCAAGCGGCGGUGGCCGUCGUCCGACUCACCAGCCACGGCAGAGGCACCAUGUUCGGUGGUGGCCGUGAGAGGUGGGGUGCUGUGAAGAUUCAGACUGUUUUUCGAGGAUACUUGGCGAGGAAAGCCCUGAGAGCUCUGAAAGGACUGGUGAAGUUACAAGCGCUGGUCAGAGGCUAUUUGGUGAGGAAGCAAGCCACAGCCACACUUCACGGUAUGCAGGCUCUGAUAAGAGCCCAGGCCACAGUUCGAGCCCAGAAAGCUCGAGAGCUGAUCAGCAAUGAGAAAAGAUUCGAAAUCCAAACUAGAAAAUCUAUGGAAAGGUUUGAUGAGAGUAGGAGUGAGCACACAGCAUCAAUCCACAGCAGAAGGCUUUCAGCAUCUCUCGACACUACUUUCAACGCCAUUGAUGGAAGCCCAAAGAUUGUGGAAGUUGAUACUGGGAGGCCUAAGUCCAGAUCCCGGAGAACCAACACAUCGGUUUCAGAUUCAGGCGAUGACCAGCAUUACCAAACACUCUCCUCCCCCCUCCCAUGUCGAACUCCAAUUCCAGUUCCAGUCCGUUUAUCAACACCCGAUCACCGCAAUUAUCAAGACUCCGACUGGGGUUUAACGGGUGACGAAUGCAGGUUCUCUACUGCCCAAAGCACCCCUAGGUUUAUGAAUUCAGAAAGGUCCAAUGUGCCGAUUACACCGGCCAAGACCGUAUGCGCUGACAGCUUCUUCCGGCAGUACACAAAUUUCCCAAAUUACAUGGCCAAUACACAAUCGUUUAAGGCUAAAUUAAGGUCUCACAGUGCUCCAAAACAACGGCCGGAGCCAGGGCCUAAGAAGAGGCUUUCACUCAAUGAAAUGAUGGAGUCAAGGAGCAGCCUAAGUGGGGUUAAGAUGCAGAGAUCAUGCUCAAGAGUUCAAGAAGCCAUUAAUUUUAAAAAUGCUGUGAUGGGGAAGCUUGAGAGACCCUCAGAGAUUGUUAGAGAGGCAGAGAGAUGCAACUUGCAGAGGAGAUGGUAAAUAUGUAUACAUAUAGAGAAGAAACGAUGAUGAGAGGUAAACCACUGCUUGUGUGCUAUGUUGUUUAUUGCUCCAGUUGGGUCUCUCAGAUGUGCAAGUUUGAAAAGGAAUAGGUGACAAAAACAGAAAACAAUGUGUGUAAAUUAAGUAAUUUACAGGUGAUC